AUGGUGGUGCGAUCUCUGCAGGCUCCAGCCCAGCGGCUCGCUGCCACCUUGCUGCUUCUGCACCUGCCCUUCCACCUACAUCUGAAGCAGCAGCAGAGGCAGCACCGGGGCGGGCACCAGCAGGAGAGAGAAAGCGGCGCGGUGGGGACGCCAGAGUUGGCGCUGUGGGAGGCAACGCGCGAGCUGGGCGGGCAUCUCGCCCGCCUGCGUGCCUCGCUGAGGCGGCAGCAGCAGCACGGGCGUUGGCGGGCGAGGCUGGAGGCCAUGCUGGACGAACACAAGUCUCCGUCAUCAGUCCGUGAACAGCUCAAGGAUUUGACUAAGCAGUAUGACAAGUCCGAGAACGACCUCAAGGCUCUGCAGAGCGUGGGCCAGAAUGUGGGAGAGGUUCUCAAACAGCUCACUGAGGACAAAUUUAUCGUGAAGGCUACCAAUGGGCCUCGCUAUGUGGUCGGAUGUCGCAGACAGCUGGACAAGUCAAAGUUGAAGGCAGGAACCCGAGUGGCCCUGGACAUGACCACGUUAACCAUCAUGAGGUACCUGCCCAGAGAGGUGGACCCGCUGGUGUACAACAUGUCCCACGAAGACCCGGGCCAGGUCUCCUACUCGGAGAUCGGGGGGCUCACCGAGCAGAUCCGGGAACUCCGAGAGGUAAGGCCCACAGAGCUGUACAGAUCUUAUUCAGAAGCAACGUGGCCACAAAAAACCCAGAGGUCUCGGAGAAAAAUCCAUGAACCACGAGGAGAACAUGCAAACUCCAAAUAUACAGGCAUCAAGAUCGAGACCGAACCCACAACCUCCUGUACAAAAGGUAAGGUAGUUAACAUCUCGCCACCAUGGGGCUCCACUCUCUGACUCGCAGCCACCCACUCACCUACCCAUUCAGCCACAUACCCAUUCAGCCACAUACACACUAAAAGACCCAUAUCAGCAUAUAAGUGGUCUUGUAUUCACUCAGUAAAUGAAGUUUAAUAUAAAAUUGUACACUCACAGGAUCGAAAUAAAGAUGACAUUGCACAUCGGAGUAAACCGAGUCGCGGCUAUGAUAAAAUUUAGCAUUUGCAUAACAUUGAUUUAUUAGCAUACAAAAUGACUUUUUGCAGAGCGAUUUAAUACAAAAGUCUGAUAGACUACAAAAUAAAAGUACAUACAAACCAGGCAUCAACACCGUUGCUUUGUAUGAUCUGUGAAACGCAGAAAAUUUCAGAUAAAAUCGGACAUUUUGAGCUUGCUGCUGUAUCGACUGAGUGGAAUCAAUACAAUUAGUAUCGAUUCACAAUCAACAAAGACCAUAUAUGGGAAAAUCUCUGAUCGGUGAUUUUGAUUGCAUAGUAUUGCAGCGCCCCUUUGAUGAUGUUAUAAAGCACUUGCCCCAACAGUCUGUUAAAGGCUACACGGGGAUCUUUGUGUGCGAGUAGCUCACAGAUCCUUGAGAGAUCUGAACACUGUCCGAUCAUCAGCGAGCUCCUCCGGCAGGCGAGGCUGCGUUGGCGGUUGUCUGUGCAUUCAGAGGUGUUAACUAUCCCACGCAGAGAAGUCUGCUUACAGGACAUAAGAGGUUCUUCACGUACCGUGCCCCGUGUCACCUGAAUGUUAAAUGGGGCUCCGGUAAUUCAGUGUCCACCGCCGAAUCAUCUUUCACCAUCACCACGCGUCCAUUAAGGCCAAUGUGACGAGGCCAUAGAUAGACAACGCGUUAAAACGGGGUGGGGAGGGGGGGGCAAGAAAAACGUCGUACUACGUGACAUCACAACACCCUGCACGCAGCCAUAGUGGCUGAUUAGGGUGCGCAUCAUUUACGAAUAUGUGGUUUAAGUGGUUGAGAGUAGAUUUUGGUGUAAAUUGAUCACGAUGCUUUGCGCAGCCUGCAUUUAAAAUUUCAUGCGUGGGUGCGUGAGCAGAUAUGAGUGGGUGAGUGCGUGAGUAAGCCGGUGAGUAUGUGGGUGGAUGGAGGGAGCUGGGCGGGCACGGCAUGGGCUGGAGUGGAGGUGGACUGAUGCGGUACGGGAGGAUGUGGAGCUGAGUGGGCUUUGCCGACGACUGGUACCAGUGGUGUCGAGAUCGGCCUCUGCAGGGAGGCUCGUGAAGGAUGCUUCUACUUGGCAGUUGGCGACACUCGCCCUCCAACAACAACGGAGGAGUGACGCUCACAACAACGAGCAGAACACCGGAUGAUAAAUAUGCAGCAAUUUGGCACAGUACGGGGUACAGGUGGUG